AUGGCAGAGGAAGCCGGCUCGUCGUGGAAGCUCUGCACCGUGACGCUGGUGGAUGAGCUCAAGAACCUGCUGCGGCUGCCGCCCAUCUGGGUGACUAGCAUCAUCAUGUCCUCGGUGUACACGCAGAUGAACACCACGUUAAUCCAGCAGGGAAGCGCCAUGAACAUGUCCAUCCUCUCCGUUCCUUUGGAGGCGGCAUCUAUGGGCUCUUUCGAGGUGAUCGUGACGGUGCUGAGGGGUUUCUCCUCCGGCGGCGACGGCGAGCCGUCCCAGCUGCAGUGCAUGGGCGCCGGGCGGCUGCUCAUGGCGCUCGCGAUGGCGAUAUCAGCGCUCGUGGAGAUGAAGCGGCUCGACAGCGCGGAGCGCGGCGAGGAGAUCACCAUCGCGUGGCAGCUUCCGCUAUACUUCUUCCUGGCCGGCGCGUGCUCUGCUAAGAGCACCUGCACGUCGCUGGCGCUGCCGCUGCUCACCAUGGCGUGA